GAUCUCGUCAUCGACAUUCAAGAGCAGUUCCAAAAGCUUCCCCCAGAGCAGAGAAACAACACGUACAUGACCCACUGGUCAGAGAAUCACAAUCACUCGGCCCUCGCUGUAGGCACCGUCACCGUCAGCGAGGAUGUUGCCAGGAAGAUCAAGUAUGACCAGUCCUUGGUUCUUGCAAGGCUCAAGGCAAUCCCCGUUUGGGGCCACUCUUCUCGUCGGUGAACACGCCAAGGCCGUCAAGGGGUUCACCCACCCCGCCGAACGGACCCGUUACGUUUGGAAGAACAACGCGCAGAUUCGCCAGGACGAAGCAGACUACCUCGCCAAGGGCGGUGACUUGAAGGGCUGCUACGUCAGCCUUGGGAAGUCGGGCAUCGUCGCGCUCGACAGCUGCAAGGUCACCGAGUACGGCGACCUUGUCGUCAUCACCGUCUUGGCCAUGACAACGUCGUGGCACGCGCUUGACGGUGUUAACACGUGGGGCAUCGUCAUUCACAAGAAGAAGCCCACCGAAAUCUUGCUCCUCAACCACAUGGAGGGUGCCGGGACCCUCCGCUUGAGCGACCAGGCCAACUGCUGGGGCGGCGAGGCCCUCAUGAUGCGCGCCUUCACCGACUUCCCGUUGCAUCUCGAGGCGAUCCAAAGCGGCAAGACCGUCGACGAGGUGGUCAAAACACGGUCGGCUGACUUCCAGACGAAGUGGCGCAGGUCCUUGACCUUCUUCACCCUGUUCGACGUGGCCGGCAUGUUUCUCGCGACGGCCCGGGCCGCUACAGGCGGGAACAUGGAGUACGACAAGUACGACACGCGUGACCUCGUCUACGAAAAUGACAGCCGCCAUGUUGCGAGACAUUGGAGACAACACGGUCGAUCAGCUCGUCCACGCCGACGGACCGGGCGUCAAACGCACCAACCUCCCGCGCGGCUUCAUUCUCGGUGGCGUGCGCCUCGACCCCGUCCUCGCCAUCACCCCCGGCAACAGCGUGGAGGUGAGCGCCAUGAUGGUGGCGGGAGACUUCAAAACCGAGCAGGUCGACAUGGUGCGCAAGUACGUGCAAAACAAGCUCGGUCUACUCAUGGCCGCCGAAGACGUCAAGGCGGACUUCCGCAAGGCCAUGGCGGACCUCAUCAAGGACAAGGCCGACGCGGUCGUCAAGAGCCUACAGCCGGGCGUGACGCCCCCAUCGCCGCACGAUCUGAUGGCCAUGAUACGCCGUGACCUCGACUUCAUCACGCAGGCGCGCAAAAUAGUGCAUGAUCACCUCGUGGCGCGCUUUACGGACCAGCUGGAAGCCGAGAUGACCGAGAUGCUUGGGAGGCGGCAUCAGGCCGAUGUGCUGGCGCUUUAUAGCUCGGCGUGCACCCUCGAGGUCCAUGACCGACUGAUGGCGGACGACGGCGUCGUGCACACGUACAUGAAAGCAGAGUUGGUUGGACAAGCUGCACGGCACCUCUCUGUGGGUCAGUGUCUUGAACUGAUUGCACAGAUGGAGACACGGAGGAAGAAGAUUUCGGAUGCGGUAGAGACCGGGCGGAAGGUGAGAGAGAGGUUGGACCCGAAAAGUGCGACGGAGGACGAGGCGUGGGCGAAGAAGGAUCUCG